AUGGAAUCUGGGAGAAGGGGAUGGAAUCUGGGAGAAGGGGAUGGAAUCAGGGAGAAGGGGAUGGAAUCUGGGAGAAGGGGAUGGAAUCUGAGAGAAGGGGAUGGAAUAUGGGAGAAGUGGAUGGAAUCUGGGAGAAGGGGAUGGAAUCAGGGAGAAGGGGAUGGAAUCUGGGAGAAGGGGAUGGAAUCUUGGAGAAGGGAUGGAAUCUGGGAGAAGGGGAUGGAAUCGGGGAGAAGGGGAUGGAAUGAGGGAAAAGGGGAUGGAAUCUUGGAGAAGGGGAUGGAAUCUGGGAGAAGGGGAUGGAAUCGGGAAGAAGGGGAUGGAAUGAGGGAGAAGGGGAUGGAAUCUGGGAGAAGGGGAUGGAAUCUGGGAGAAGGGGAUGGAAUCUGGGAGAAGGGGAUAGAAUAUGGGAGAAGGGGAUGGAAUCUGGGACAAGGUGAUGGAAUCUGGGAGAAGGGGGUGGAAUCUGGGAGAACGGGGUGGAAUCUAGGAGAAUGGGAUGGAAUAUGGGAGAAGGGGAUGGAAUCGGGGAGAAGGGGAUGGAAUGAGGGAGAAGGGGAUGGAAUCUGGGAGAAGGGGAUGGAAUAUGGGAGAAGGGGAUGGAAUCUGGGAGAAGGGGAUGGAAUCUGGGAGAAGGGGAUGGAAUAUGGGAGAAGGGGGUGGAAUCUGGGAGAAGGGGAUAGAAUCUGGGAGAAGGGGAUGGAAUCUGGGAGAAGGGGAUGGAAUCUGGGAGAAGGGGAUGGAAUCUGGGAGAAGGGGAUGGAAUCAGGGAGAAGGGGAUGGAAUCGGGAAGAAGGGGAUGGAAUCUGGGAGAAGGGGGUGGAAUAUAGGAGAUGGGGAUGGAAUCUGGGAGAAGGGGAUAGAAUCUGCGAGAAGGGGAUGGAAUCUGGGAGAAGGGGAUGGAAUCUGGGAGAAGGGGAUGGAAUCGGGGAGAAAGGGAUGGAAUCUGGGAGAAGGGGAUGGAAUCUUGGAGAAGGGAUGGAAUCUAGGAGAAGGGGAUGGAAUCUGGGAGAAGGGGAUGGAAUCUGGGAGAAGGGGAUGGAAUCUGGGAGAAGGGGAUGGAAUCUGGGAGAAGGGGGUGGAAUCAGGGAGAAGGGGAUAGAAUCUGGGAGAAGGGGAUGGAAUCUGGGAGAAGGGGGUGGAAUCUGGGAGAAGGGGAUGGAAUCAGGGAGAAGGGGAUGGAAUCUGGGAGAAGGGGAUGGAAUCUGGGAGAAGGGGAUGGAAUCAGGGAGAAGGGGAUGGAAUCUAGGAGAAGGGGAUGGUAUCAGGGAGAAGGGGAUGGAAUCUGGGAGAAGGGGAUGGAAUCUGGGAGAAGGGGAUGGAAUCUGGGAGAAGGGGAUAGAAUCUGGGAGAAGGGGAGAAGGGGAUGGAAUCAGGGAGAAGGGGAUGGAAUCUGGGAGAAGGGGGUGGAAUCUGGGAGAAGGGGGUGGAAUCUGGGAGAAGGGGAUGGAAUCUGGGAGAAGGGGAUGGAAUCUGGGAGAAGGGGAUGGAAUAUGGGAGAAGGGGAUGGAAUCUGGGAGAAGGGGAUGGAAUCUGGGAGAAGAGGAUGGAAUCCGGGAGAAGGGGAUGGAAUCUGGGAGAAGGGGAUGGAAUCUGGGAGAAGGGGGUGGAAUAUGGGAGAAGGGGAUGGAAUCUAGGAGAAGGGGAUGGAAUCAGGGAGAAGGGGAUGGAAUCUGGGAGAAGGGGAUGGAAUCUGGGAGAAGGGGAUGGAAUCUGGGAGAAGGGGAUGGAAUAUGGGAGAAGGGGAUGGAAUCUGGGAGCAGGGGAUGGAAUCGGGGAGAAGGGGAUGGAAUGAGGGAGAAGGGGAUGGAAUCUGGGAGAAGGGGAUGGAAUCUGGGAGAAGGGGAUGAAAUUUGGGAGAAGGGGAUGGAAUCUGGGAGAAGGGGAUGGAAUCUAAGAGAAGGGGAUGGAAUCUGGGAGAAGGGGUUGGAAUCUGAGAGAAGGGGAUGGAAUCUGGGAGAAGGGGAUGGAAUCUGGGAGAAGGGGGGGAUGGAAUCUGGGAGAAGGGGAUGGAAUCUGGGAGAAGGGGAUGGAAUCAGAAAGAAGGGGAUGGAAUCUGGGAGAAGGGGAUGGAAUCUGAGAGAAGGGGAUGGAAUAUGGGAGAAGUGGAUGGAAUCUGGGAGAAGGGGAUGGAAUCAGGGAGAAGGGGAUGGAAUCUGGGAGAAGGGGAUGGAAUCUUGGAGAAGGGAUGGAAUCUGGGAGAAGGGGAUGGAAUCGGGGAGAAGGGGAUGGAAUGAGGGAAAAGGGGAUGGAAUCUUGGAGAAGGGGAUGGAAUCUGGGAGAAGGGGAUGGAAUCGGGAAGAAGGGGAUGGAAUGAGGGAGAAGGGGAUGGAAUCUGGGAGAAGGGGAUGGAAUCUGGGAGAAGGGGAUGGAAUCUGGGAGAAGGGGAUAGAAUAUGGGAGAAGGGGAUGGAAUCUGGGACAAGGUGAUGGAAUCUGGGAGAAGGGGGUGGAAUCUGGGAGAACGGGGUGGAAUCUAGGAGAAUGGGAUGGAAUAUGGGAGAAGGGGAUGGAAUCGGGGAGAAGGGGAUGGAAUGAGGGAGAAGGGGAUGGAAUCUGGGAGAAGGGGAUGGAAUAUGGGAGAAGGGGAUGGAAUCUGGGAGAAGGGGAUGGAAUCGGGGAGAAGGGGAUGGAAUGA